UAAAUUGAACUACAAUGUUUCAGUUGUUAGGACCAUCACUUUGUUUCAUACCUUUUCUUGUGCUGUGUUUUCAGAACAGGUAACCUCAACUUCAACUGAAUCCAGACCAUACGUGACAGCAGCAAGAUGAGGGUUUUGUGGAUUUCAUGUCUGCUAAUUGGAAGCAUCACCUGCAGUCCUGUUUGGAAAGAGCAAGGAGCAGGUGCUCCUGGUGAGGCAGCCAUAAGUUACAUGGCACCAUCAUACCCUGCUUCAUCUUGGGGUUCAGGAGUGGAGAGUUCUGGCCUGGGCAGCAGCUCCUCACUACCAAGCUAUGCCGUCUCCAGUGCUGGUACUGGUGGCUCUGGAGGUGUUUACAGCAGUCCUGCCAUGGCUGGAGGAUACUACGGAGGCUAUGCUAGCCCAUUGGUUGGUGGUGAUGGGGCUGGUUAUGCACCCUCUGCUGGGUAUGACGCCAGUGCUUCAGGUGGCAGCUAUGGUGGUGGCUAUGCACCUUCUGCUGGGUAUGACGCCAGUGCUUCAGGUGGCGGUUAUGGUGGUGGUUACGGAGGAGCUGGCAUGAGCUCUGGAUCCUCUUCAUACAGCGGUGCUGGGGAUCAAAGCUCGGGGCCAAUCUUCAGUGAUGUUUCUGAUCUGGAUCCAGUCUACGCCUUCAGCUCUCGUUCAAGGUACCAGCGAGGAAGAGCAGUCUUUGCCCAAAGCCGCUACACUCCAGGAGAGGCUCUGGUCCAACCUAUGCCGAUAUACAGACCAGUCAUCAAAAACCCUGUGAUGCUGAGCAUUCCUGUCCAAGCGCCUGUGAAGCAAAGGAUGCCUGUCAAAGCUCCUCCACAGAUGCAAUUUAAAGCUCAAACCAAAGGAGGCUACUAAUAACUGAUCUGGAGUUUUGUGAUCCUUUGUCGCUGCCUUGUGACCACAAGAUGCUAAUAAACAAACUUUAAUGAA